AUGAGUGCAAAGCAACUCGGGGAUCUCAAACCGCUCUUUAUAGAAUGGUUGAAAGAUGAGAUCGAUGCAUGUGGGCCGCGGCAGGAGAAGAUGGCCAUGGUGUACUUUAGAGCGCGUGAAUCUCUAAAGCGCUUCGACCAGCCCAUUACCGAAACGGCCAAGGUACUGAAGGUCAAGGGGAUAGGGAACUCCAUCAAAAACAAGUUGGCAUCGAAGCUGGCUCAAUAUUGCCAGGAUAAUAACAUCCCUUUGGAAGACGCUGCUGCGCCAUCUCAUGUAGUGGGAAUUUCUGUGACGCGGGUUAGAACGGCUACGCAGGAGAAGGACGACCAGUCACCAAAGAGGAAGAAAAGGAAGUAUGUUCCGCGCAAGAGGUCCGGGGCGUAUGCAAUCUUGCUGGGUGCUCUGGAGCUUGGAUGUCCGUCGCGAGGGCUGACCAAAGAGGAGAUAAUAGACGCCGCCGCGAAGUACUGCGACGUCAGUUUUGUUUCUAAUCCACUGACCAGGGAAUUCUACAGUGCGUGGACCGCCAUUAAGGUGCUUAUAGACCACGAUCUGAUGCUGGAACAGGGACGUCCGCGGAGGUAUAUCGUUACAGAGGCGGGCGAACAAAUGGCGGAAACGCUGAAACAUGCGGAUUCAGUUAUAUUCCCAGAAGACUGCCCGUACCAGCGGCGACAACAGGCCCCUGAAUCUACCGCGGAGGACCACACGGAGCUAUCUGCCAGCUUGAGUGAACUGGUGCGCCAGGAACACUUGCCGCAAAAUCACUCUGGUAUGUGCUUUUCUUUCGAGCCGCCCUCAAGUGCGCCCUCUGAUUACUUAGAUCCGGGACAGAAGUCUGCGAACGUCGCAUCCUCUCCGCAUAGGCUGCGACCGCCCAUUGGACCUUCUAUCGACAUAGUUAAAGCCCGCUGGAAUGGGACGAGUUAUGAGCUAUGGAAGCCGGGCAGUUACGAUAUUGAGCUGUACAUUGAUCAUCGGGAGGUGCGCGCAAAGAGUGAGCGCGAUUUCUUCGUUAACGCGCUUCUGACGCGAGGAGUUACCGUGGAAGGCAAGGCCCUGGCAUUAGGAGAUAUGGUGUGGGUAGCUCGUCAUAGGGAUUCACGCAGCACUUGUGUACUGAACUUCAUGCUGGAGCGUAAAAGGCUAGACGAUCUUGCCAUGAGCAUUCGCGACAACCGUUUCAUGGAACAGAAAAACCGCUUAAAGAAAACAGGCUGCAAGCACAUCUUUUAUCUGGUCGAAGAGACUAGCGGCACAAAUGUCGCUGGCAUGGAGGGGGCGAUUAAAACAUCCAUAUGGAUGACCUAUGUCUACAGCGGCUUCCACGUGAAACGCACCCGCAAUGCUGAUGACACUGUGGAGUGGCUACAUGAUAUGACGUGCACUGUGCAGCGCUAUUAUUGUAGUAAAAGCUUGUUGGUGUUACGGCCAAGGGAGAUCGCCAACCAGGAAGACUAUGGUUCACUACUAAGUGCCUUCCGCCUCCAAUUCGAACGCAACAACACAUCCCUCGAGUGCUGUCACGCAUUUGAUUGCUAUCAGGAGGUGCUGGGAAAAACUGGUCUUAUGACUGUAAAGGAACUCUAUAUUCGCACGCUAAUGCUCAACCGCGGCGUAUCUCUCGAAAAGGCGUUGGCUAUUCAAUCUAAAUUUCCUACUCUCAGGUCCCUCAUGACCGCUUUCCGCAACUGCAAAUCAGAGGAAGAUGGUCGCCGCAUGCUGUACCUUGCUCUACUUGAUCAACCAGCUAGCCGCAGGGUCGGCAAGGCACUAGCUGCUACUCUUUGGGACACGUUUGGGCGCCGAUAG